AUGAAGCUCUUUAACCGACAUAAUAAAAGUGAAAAUGUUAAUACCAAUAGUUUUGCUGUUGAUACGAAAAAAUCUCGUCUAAAUAAGUCACCUUUAAAAGAUUCUUUUCGUAACACUUCAUCCAAUAAUAAGAUCAAAAAUAACAGCAACAAAAUUAAUGACACAGUGAUUACUUCUACGAUACCAAUGAUCCCAGAAUCACCACAAGUUACAAAUAAACUUUUUCAAAAUAAUGAAAGAAAAUCGAAUAAUACAAGAAAGCGUUUUUUUCUUGGGAAACGGCUCAAAAAAGCAGCUUCAUCUUCAUUGUCAUCCUCAUCAAACAAAUCAAAGCAACAAUCGUUAUUACUCCCGAUUAACACUAGCAUCUCAGAUAAAAUUAAAGAAGAUGAAGUCAGUAAUUCACCAAUUGAAAUGGAUAAAAUAUCAAUACUAAAUAAUAAGAGUGAAACUUUGUCACCGGAUAAACUUCCCCCUACAGUAUCAAAACCGUUAGAUGGUAAUAAUAAUGAUUUCUUAUCUGUAACGUCACCAACUUCUAAUUCGGAUAUCAAAUCGUCAUCUACGACAAAUAGUCAUAAUGUUAUACGGGGAUUGCGUCGAGAUUCAUUUAAACAUCAACCACCCGUCUUAAUACGUGAAUCAUCAAUACCUUCACCCGCAGUGAAUAUAAAUCAAAAUCACAAUGACCACGAAGACAUCAAUGAAACUUUUGAUUCUCGUGAGAACAGUAAAAAGAAAAAACAGCGACCAAAAAGUACUCAGGGAUUCAUUGUUUCUACGCAACAGCUGGCUUAUUCGUUCUUUAGACGUAAUCGUAAUCGUUCGUCUUCAAUGUCAUCAAUUAAUCAAGCUUCUGAAGUGCCCGAUUUAUUGUCACCUAAUCCACCAGAGAAUACAAAUCAACAGUCGGAACCCACUUUGACUUAUGAAAGUUUUCCAGAUCCGACCUCGGAAGACUUUAUUAAUGUUGAACGUUGGGAUUUGCCUGAUAAAAUAUCUGCUACUGAAGAUGCUGAGGGUGUUUUACAAAUGAUCGAGUUUGACGACAUUUUGAUUAAUGGAAUCCGGGUUAAUUGA